UGCACUAGUUUCGUUUGACUGAUACCUCACCUCACUGACGAAUGAGGCAAGACAGGAACAGAGUUGUUGUAUGGAAUAUAUUUAUAGUAGCUUUCUAUUCAUGUUUUAAUCUCAAAACAUUUAUGUCAAAAUCGCUGGCGGAAUAAUGUGGUUUUUAGUGAUUUAAAUGACGAUUUACGGUGAGGUGUAAUAGCCGGAAAUACUAGCCUAAGAAAUUGCAUAUAUCUCCCAUCACUUGUGAAAUUUUUAUAAUCUAUACAUAUUUACCACUUAAUUCUAAACAUACAAAUAAAUUUAUGUCAAAUAUUAUAUAUUGUGCUAUUAAAAUUUAUAAUUUCUUUGAGUAAUUUGUAUUUACGUGAAUAUUUUUAAGACCUUGAUAAACAAAGUACAAGUAAACAGUUGAUUUCCUUAGCUACACGUAGCAGACAUUAAGAUAUGAUAAGAAAUAAACUUUGGAUAAGUAUUAACUUCACUAAUGGCAGAAGAGGAAGAAAACGUGAUAUCUCUUUUAGAAAAAGAUGGCACUGAUACUUUCCAAUCAAAGAGUCCUGUCAAAGAAUCUUGUGCAUCGGAAGAACCAACUCCAGAUGUCUCAAUUUCCUUGUUAGACAUACAAAUACCAGGAACACCAGAAAGUACCAAAGAUCAAAUAAGUGAUGGCGAUACACCGAGAUUGGAAAGUCCAAAAACGGUGAAACCAGUACUUGGAAAAGUCCAAGCUAAAAAACGAUUAAUGGCAUUUGCCAAUCAAUUUAAAACACCACCCAAAUCCCAAGUUAAAUCAAACUUAUCACAGCAUUCUACUGGAGUUUUAAAAGCAAAAGAUAAAAUAGCGCAAGAUGAUACAAGUACAAUUAAAUCAAGAAAAAAGACAGAAGAAAAAAUUCUGGCUAUUGAAGAAAUUCGAAGAGAGGAAUCUAAAAGUAAAAUGUUACUGGCAGAAGCUAUGGCAGCAGCAAAUACAGAAGACGAAAAUUACAUUGGCAAGAAUACAUCCGGUUUAUUGGAAAAUACAAGACGUAGGAAAGAGAGAAAUAAACAUGAAGGAACAAAUGAUUCUCGUAAAAUUAGAGCAUCAAUGCAUCGAAAAUAUUCAGAAAGGCAACGACAUGCUGACAAGACUGGCAGAGACAGCAUAAAUCAGGAAGUAAAAGAUCGAAAUGCAAGUACAGAACAGUUUCCACAGAAAUCAUCUCAGGAUAGAGAAAAACAUAAAAAAUAUAAUAAAAAGAAAGAUGAUAUAAAUAGACGAGAUAAUAGUAAGACGGAUGUAAAUCGCGACAAGAAAGAAGAAGGAAAGGAUAAAAAAGAAAAUGAGAAGGAGAAACGGGAAGAGACGAGAGAAAGAAAAGAAGAAUCCAAGAGAAAGAAAGAAAAUGUAAAAGACAGGCGUAAUGAUAUGUUAGAAAUGGAACCAGAUAAGGAUAAAAAAGAUAAAGAUAAAGAUAGGUUAAAGGAAAAGGAAUUAUUGAAAUAUAACUCUUGGCCGGAAUUACGAAAAUCUGGUUUAACCUUCGACGAAGUUAUUCGUCUUAAAAGACGCGAUAAUUCAGAACGAACAUUAAAAAAUAGAACAGCACAAGAUUAUACGCGUUGCUUCGAACAGAUGUUAAUGUUAAACAAUUAUCGCUUUAAACGUCAAGCAUUGAUAGCUGAGGGUCUUUUGGGGCCUAAAAAGUAUCCACCUGAAUCGAUUAAGAUGACAAAACGAGCAAAGGGACCACAAUUAUUGUAUUGUGAAAAUCCGAGUACGUCUCUUUUAUUGCACGUCUCACAACUUUUACAAGUUGUCACGCCUGAACGUCGUGAGAAGAUACGAGACAUUUGCGAAGCGCCUUCACCACGGAUUGAUAGAGAAGAUGCAGAAGACACAGUGCUGCAGAAGCGUAAUUGGUAUCAGCAAAUAAUUUCGACUAAUCAUAAAGAUACUAAAUGGCAGGUGCCUGUACAACUUCCUAGAUCAAGGUGGGACAGUGAAGAUGAGGAAACAUCUUCCAUCUUGAUGAAAGAAGACAUUAAAAAACCAAUAAAUAAACUACAUGUUUCCCUGAAUCAACAAGAGAGAUGCUCUACAUCUUCUCCGAUAACUGAGGAAGAUAAACUGGAUAAUAAGACGGAAGACAUUAAGGAAGAUAAUGAAUCCAGCGUAAAAACAAUUGAUAAUACGACAACAAAUGAUGAAGCUUCGAAGUCUCCUUUGCUGCAACCUGCUGGAAAUGAAAAACUAGCUUCAGAAUAUGAACAAUUCAUGAAAAUGGUAUGCACUGACGAUAUGCCUCUGCCGGUUGUAACAGAUGUAGCUAAAGAAUGUUCUCCAAAGAAAAAUCUUAUUAAAUCUGCUUCCCCACGUAGCUAUCAUGAAUUCAAUAUAGAAUCUAAUUUAUCAGAAGAUAACACAAACAUUGAAAUACAGUUGAAAAAGUUAGAAAAGAAGGAUAAAUUGCAAACCCGAGAAGGAUCGAUCAAGAGUACAGAAUGUGAGGAAUCCAUUUUAUCCACGGACUCUCAAAUACAGAUCGAUGCGAAUAAUAUGCAAGUUGAAUAUAGCAACAACGGCGAAUCUGAAGACUCCAAAUCGGUACCGAGUGAUUGGGAAAAUGUCAGAAUCAAGGUUGAACGAUUGAGUGACGAGAACAUCGAAUCUAGGGAAGUAAAGAAAAAGAAGAAGCGUAAGAAAGUAGUAUCCAGCAGUGAUUCGUCCAGUAGUGCCAGCUCUUCCGACUCGGAAAAAGAAAAGAAAAGGAAGAAGCGCAAACGGAAGGCAUUGAGCGACUCGUCUUCUUCAGACUCCGACAGCUCGGACAGUAGCAGUAGCAGUAGCACUAGCGAUUCCAGUUCCGAUGAAAGAAGAAAAAGAAAGCGGAAGAAAAAAAAGGUAGGGAAGAAAAGAAAAAAGGCGAAACGCACAAAGGCGCGAAUGAAGAAAAAGCGGAGGAGAAAGAUGAGCACUGAUUCCAGCAGCAGUGAUUCGGAUGAACAUACAAAAAAGAAGAAAAGACUCAAAAAGAAGGCAAAAGAAGCUAAACAGUUUGAUGUGAAAUCUAUUAAUAACGGAGAUAUAAGCAAGAUAAUAUCCAAGUCUCCCAUAAUAGCUUCGUCUCUAGACGAGGCGAGCUUGCAGUCUAUGUCUCCCAAGAAGAUUAAGGAAGAGAUAGCAGUUGAAGAUGCAAAGAGGAAAAGCAUCGGUGUACGUGACAAUGAAUGCGUGAAACGGAAAGAAGACAGAAAAGAAAGCAAGUCCGACAAAAGCUUCAUGGAGCAAUGGGAAGUGGAUUCUACGAGUGCAGCGCAACAAAACGACGGCGAUAGAUCGAGUCAAGACAACUCUGAAGAAUUGGGGAAGAUGGAUGGUUCACAGAAAGAUAAAUAUCGUAGGAAACGGAAGCACAGUCGAGAUAAUGUUGAGCAAGACGAAGAUAAAUCUAAAGUCGACGAAGAAGGAGGGCAUGGAGGGAAGGAAAGAUCAGAUGAGGAACUCGAAACAAAAAGAAAGAAAAGAAGGGAGAAGGAUAUCAAAAGCGCUACUGAAUUUCUCACAGACUGGGAAAGGGAAAGUGAGCGUAUUACUCAACAAAUGAUGCAAAACGAAGCUAAGCUUUCGAAAAAAUUGGGAAAACAAAAGAAGGAAAAGUGGGGAGAAACAGAUUUUGACUCGCUGAACGUGCCGUCUUUGACCCAACUGGAAAAGGAAGUGUGUCGAAAACAAAUUCUGGCGGAUGAAUGGGAAGUGGAUAGCUUGGAAGCAAUACCAGAUCUGACUCCGAGCAAGCGAAAAAACAAUCAGGGUGCAUCGAAAAAAGUAGAGAAGCAAGUUAGAUAUGAUAAGAAAACGGAUACUUACAUUGCGAUAGAAAAAGAAAGUGCCAGAGAAAUCAAAAAGAGGCAAGAACGCUUGUGCGCGAUAAGAAUAUGGGAGGAGGAGCAAGAGGAAGGUGAGAAAGAAGAAAUGAUGCUCUUGGAACAAAAGAGUAAGCAUAAAAGGGAUGAUUGGGAUAUAGAAGAGGAACCGUUUCUACGCAAGAGUAAUGAAGAAAUAGAAAUCUGUAAGGUUGACGAUAUUGUUGGAAUCGAGGAAGAUGCAAGUGUCAAGGAAAACUCGAGUAAGUUAAUGAUGGCGCUUGAGUCGACUGGUUCUAAACGAGUUAGAAAAAGUCGUUGGGACAUGGGCUCGCAAUCAGAAGAGAAAUUGGAAAAUAAAGACAUAUGGGAGGAGGAAUAUACCGAAUGGUCCAAGAUUGAUAAGUGCGAGCCGAAACUCGAGAAAACGGAAAAAGGGGAGUCUCGCACUGCGGAUUAUUCAGAGAGCUCUGCUAAAUCAAAUUUGAUAGACUUCUAUCAUAGAAAAUCACAGAGUAGAGAAUCACUGGACAGAUCGUGGACAUCGGAAGAGAUGGCGAGUAGAUCUACACAGGCGAAAAAAGUAGAGGACGCAUCAGGGAAAAAUUUAAUUUCUGUAAAGACAAAUGAAGAGCAGAUUACACUCACCAAGGAGCAUCAAGCAAGAGAUAAAUUUAAAGAAAUUUUGGGAUUGGAUACAAAGUUUAAGGAGAAAACCGUAGAAUUGUACAGUCCAAGCUCUCCAGCGCUCUCUCAAAAAUCUCAGGAUAUAGAAGCAUCUAAUGACAGUAGCUCUUCUAAUUCUUUGCUUCACGAGAAGAGGAAGAAAGAAAUAUCGAUUACAACAAAAGAGCUGCCGACGGAAAGUAUACCUUUACAACUAACAACAAAAUUACGUGAUACUAAACAUGCGGCAAACGAAAAGAUUGAAGAUAUUAUCGAGAAAGUACAACUGGAAGAUAAAGACUCUGUCCAUAAAUUCGACAUUAAAAAAGCAGAUUUAUUCGACGACUUACCAAUGAAUGAACCAUGCUUGGAUCCACAUGGAUCUAAGUCGGUGCACUUGGACAUUUUUGCAGCGAUGGAAUCAGAGAAGUUGCUUCUCAAACAGCGUCCUACGAGUUCUAACGUACCUUUGACAGAGCAUACAAAGGAUGACGAAAAUGAAGGAAAGAUGACACUUAAACUCAUUCCUAAGCAGCUCUUGAUGCGACGUGCCAGUGAACAAGUAAAACCGAAACGUAUCUUAGAAGCGCCGUUACAAGAUCCUGCCCAACAUGCAGCGGCUCUAUUGACAAUACAAAAGAAGCUGUUGGAAUCGCACGCAUUGAAGAAUGAUAUUAAAGAAUUACCAAUUGAAAAGCCCAUAAAUGAAUUUAAAUCGAAGUAUAGCGCAGGGAGGAGCGAUACCGAUAAAUUGUUAGAUUUGACUGAAUUUGCCGUGGCUCCCAAAUCGUCGAUAAUGACGACGCGACAAUCAAGAUCUCCGGCAUCGGAGAAAGCAGUCUCCGUUCGAUCUGAAUAUUCUGAAAAUUAUGACAAGGAGAGCACAAGUGACGGUACAAAAAAAUACAAGACUGGUCGAAAUUUAAACGAUACCAAUAUGACACCGGACGUACGAUCUCCGGUUAGAGAGCAAAGAAAGAGAAGUCCCAGUAAAAAGGAGAGCGAAAAACGAUACUCGCAUGAUUAUAAUAAAGACAAGAAGGAAAGGAAGUUUAACGAUGAAAAGUCGGACAGAAGAGACAGCAGAAGUUCCAAGUCGGACUUUACAGACAGCCGAAGAAGGUUAAGUCCAUCAGGGCGCGGAAGGAGAAGGAGAAGCAGAAGUCCAUACACUUCCUGGGAACGGCAAGGUAGCGGAAGCCCCGGUCAAAGCUGGAGCAGAAGUCACAGUAGAAGUCCGAAGAGAAAAGACGAAGGUACAAUCGGUAUGCGAGACAGAGAGAAAAAGAGAGAUAGAUACGACGAUGAUCGACCAAGUAGAUCGAGAGCGGACGAAAGAAGAGAGAGAUUUACGCGAUCUCCACCACGUUACAAUGAUGAUAACUUUAAAAAACACGGUCCAGCAUCAUCUAAAGGUAAUCGUGACGAUUGGAAUAGAAGGAGACAUGACAGCAUGGAUAGAGAUCGUGAGAAAGAUGUUAGGCCGUAUGAUCCGAUGGAGAUGUUGAGAGAAAGAACGACAGAGUCUGAGAAAUAUAGAGAUAAUAGAUUCCACCCAGAAGAAGCGGAUAAUGCAUUUUGGCAGUAUGAGAACAGCAAUAUUUUACGAGAUAACAACGAAUCUAUGGAUUCUUAUGUUGUUGGACAAGAUUUGCCGCUGGAGUAUGACAAUCGACCGUAUUACGGAGAGGGAAGUCUAGAGAGAGAUAUGAUACAAUGUUCACCUCAAUUAAUGUCAAGAUACGGAAGAAGUCAAAACAGGUCUGUUGUAAGAAGAGAACGACAAUGGGAGAAAGAUAGAGAUUCCUCGGAUCUAGAUCGUCACGGUCAUCUUACGCAUAGAUCACGAAAUCGGACACCACCGCGAUCGAGGCAUUCACCUACGCGACAAGCUCUGGAACGAUUCCGGCGGAAAUCCAGAUCUCGCUCAAGAUCAUGGUCGCAAUCCCGAUCGCGAACGCGUUCCAGAUCAAGAUCAGGCUCACGUUCCAGAUCGGCCUCAAGAUCAAGGCCAAGAAUGAUGAGAUCGCGAUCGCGAUCGAGAAGUAGAUCUCCAUCGGAUCCCAGAUCGAGAGCGAGAUCAACCUCUAGAUCAAGAUUGAGAAGUCCGGAGCACGGAUUGAGAUUAUCUGAACUGCGAUCUUCCAGAUCUCCCUCACCCGGAAGGAGUAGACUGAACGAAAUAGGAAGGGAAAGGAAGGACGAAGACGAAAAUAGAAAGCUUAGUGUCUGUGGUGAAAGGGGUAGACGUAUAGAAACUAUUGUUCAAACUGGGGUUACAUCAGGAUCGAGUAUCUUAGACUCGGAGAUGGGGAUUAAUAACAUGGAUACAGCUGUUGCGAGCUUCCAAUAUUCAAAUGAGAUUGAGGGUGGAAAUGAAUAUUAUUACACAGAGAAUAAUUUGACUUAUCCUCCUUGUAUAGAUGAAUCAACGAGCUCUCCGAAACGUUUAUCGCUCGAUGAUAGGCUAGAAUUAGAAUUAGGUAUUAAGAAACAACACAGCAAGGACUCAGAAUAUUCUUCUAACUUCAACCCCAACGUUAUCGCGUAUCCGUCUCCUCCUCCGCAGCAGCAACAGCAAAUGAUGUACAGACAGCAGCCUACCGUUCUACAAGUUGGAAAUGUCCUGCAAGUGGUUCCUGCUGAUUUUAACGGAGUACAAUCAACGCGUCGAGAAGUGCCUGCAGCCACGACUCCACCUGUGCGGCCUGGAUCUAAUCAAGUGGUUCGCGUAGGUAAUGUUCUCCAAGUAGUACCUACAUCGUUAGACUGGAGCCAAUCGUCAUCGUCUGCGGAUCAAUCAAGCGGGGUUUUGUACUCUUCCUCGACAGUUUCUGCACCUUCGCCUUCGACGUCUUCGGUACCUAUAUCCGUGCCUGUUCCUGUCCCGGUUCCAUUGCCCGUACCACCUGCCGCGGCGACGAAUACCAUUGCCCCUGUCGCGACGAUGUCACCUGCCACUCCACUGCCACUCUCAUUACCAGUACCUGUUCCCGUGCCAGUUCCGAUCCCUUCCGCGACAGCAACAGCAUUCGCGAGAAAUGAAGUUCAACCGCCAAAAGUAAUUCAACCUGUAUACAAUUACGAAGCUAUACUCGAAACACGCCGCAAGGAGCGAGAGGAACGUAAAAGAUUGCGCGAGUUACGCCGAAAAGAAAAGGAACGCAAAAAGAUAGAACGGACCAAUCGACGAGCUUUGCGACUGCUGGAGAAGAACAGCAUGCUUGCACGACAAACAGGUGAGGCCUCGCUGGAUCAUCACAAGGGCUCCGUCGUUGAUCCGGCAGUUCUGAAAGCGCUUCGAGAGGGAGAAGAACAGAGCGAGAUUGGAUCUCCAUCGGCUAAUCUUGUAAAAGAGGAAGAGGAGGCAGCGGCGUCCGUAAAAGAGGAAGACGAGGACGCUGUUGUAGACGAAGACGAAGAUGAUGACGAAGAGGAGGCCGAGGCCGAAGCCGAAGCUGAGGUGGAAGAUGACGAGGAGGAGGAGGAAGAAGCGGAGGACGAGGAUGAGGACGAUGACGACGAAGAUGAGAAACCGCCGCAAAUAAUCAGUCAGCAAAUUGAAAUUGACGAUGCAACAACGGCAGAUGCUGAUGCAAGUACAAGUCAAGGAGAAAUUGAAAUGAAGAAAGAAUGGCCAGAGUUACCACCUCCGCCGUUAAAAGGCAUUUUAGUUGCACCAGGUUUUAGAAGGGAUGAAAUUCCUAAUGGCGAUUUAUUGGACGACUUAUUGGAUAUCGAUGACAACACUAAAGAUGACACGGAUAAAGAGGAAGACACAGAUAAGAAUAAUGAAUGCGAGAAGGAUGCAGGGUCUGAUGUCAAACCCGAUAAAUCAAAAUUAUCGAAGCUGAGGAAGGCAAGGAGAAGCAAAAAGUCAGUCCAGUUCGCUGAUGGUGUAAGACCCGGUGAGGGGACGAGUCCCAGUGGUGGCGAAGGCGACAUGCCUUCACCGCCGCCUCCCACGGGAAUAAGUUUGCGCGAAGGACUCAAAGAUUUAAGAAGAGACAAGAUUUACAGCUCUCGAAAGAAUAGAAAGCAAGAGAAGAGGGUAAGACCGCCAAAAACGAAGAAGAAAGUCAAGGUAAAAAUAAUCAAGCUGAAAAAACCGCGCGUUACUCCGUUAACGGCCAUGAUGAUGGACGAUUCUGACGAGUUGGACGAUCGUUCACCACCUCCGCCGCCGCCUGGCUCGCCACCGCCACCGCAUCUCUGGCCCAGCUACCUCUCGGCUUACAACACAACUAUUCGAACAGUCGAAAGUGCGCCGCAGACCGCGACUUCCACUUUAACACCUGUGCAAGCUCCACCGCCGCCUACUCCAUUGCCUCUUCUGAUCCCGCCUCCUCCUCUAAACUAUACUAUCCAACCUUGCAGUAAAGCUUAAAUUAAAUAGCUACGUAGAUUUUACGCAUUGUUUGGAGCGAACAAUUUUUCCUUUUUACAAAAUGAUGUAUGUAGAUCCAAUGAUAGUAUUGGUUUUAUAAAAAUGAUAGCUGUGUACAUUAAUCUUCAAGUUAAAAUUU